AUGAAUAUCGAACAUUUGUUCAUCUGUAUACUCACAAAGAUGUUUCUGUUUGCUUUCAGUGCUGAUUCGAAGCUGUUGGAAGAAGCGACCAUUUCUAUCUGCAAGUCACUAAUUGAGAACAACCCAAGAACGGGAAAUCUUGGCGCUCUCAUCAGAGUGUUGCUGUCUCGGACAAAAGAACUGCAGAUAUCAGCAGAAUGUCAGAAUCAGCUCUUCAUCUGGCAGGCCCACAACGCCCUGUUCAUCAUCUGCAGUCUCCUGAAGGUGUUCAUCUGCCACAUGCCUGAGGACGAGCUGCUCCUGCACUUCUCCUAUCAGACCAGCGAGCCCGGCUCUUACGAUUCCGACAUUGAAGAUCUUUUUGAAGAAUUGCUGUUUUGCCUCAUCCAUCUUAUUGUGGAAGUUCCCCUCCUUGAUAUAACAUACAGCAUCCUGCUGGAGGCAGUAACAACCCUAAUAGUGUUCCUGUCAUAUCAGCUGUUCCGGAAAGAGAUUAUCCAUGACAGCGUCAUCCACCGAUACCUGAUGCAUGGCCGCUGCCUUCCCUACACCAGCCGAUUGGUGAAAACGUUACUGUAUAACUUUAUUAGACAGGAGAAGAGCCCCCCGCCAGGAUCCCACGUGUUCCAGCAGCAGGCGGACGGAGGGGGGCUUCUUUAUGGCCUGGCGUCUGGUGUGGCAAGUGGAAUAUGGACAGUUUUGACUUUAGGUGGAGUGGGGAGCAAGCCGACACCUUUACAGGAGCAGUCAUCACCUCUUGCAAACCAGAGUCUGCUCCUGCUGCUGGUCCUCGCCAAUUUAACAGAUGCCCCAGACUGUCCCAAUCCUUUCCGAGAGGCCAUCAUGUCCUUCAGAAACACACAAGAUAGCUCUGUUCCCCCCAGCCCGAGUCCUCACUCUUUCCAGAUAAAUUUCAAUAGCCUGUAUACUGCCCUGUGUGACCAGCAGAAGUCUGACCAGGCCACGCUGCUUCUCUACACGUUGCUGCACCAGAACAGCAAUGUCAGGACGUACGUCUUGUCUCGGACGGACACUGAGAGCCUUGUGCUGCCCAUACUGGAGAUUUUGUACCACGUGGAAGAGCGGAAUUCCCACCACGUUUAUAUGGCUCUCAUCAUCCUGCUCAUCCUGACGGAAGACGAUGGCUUCAACCAGUCCAUCCAUGAAGUGAUACUGAAGAACAUAACUUGGUAUUCUGAGCGUGUACUGACUGAAAUCUCUCUGGGCAGUCUCCUCAUCUUAGUAGUGAUCAGAACCAUUCAGUACAAUAUGACUCGCACCAGGGACAAGUAUCUGCAUACCAAUUGCUUGGCAGCCCUGGCCAACAUGUCUGCGCAGUUCCGCUGUCUGCACCAGUAUGCCGCUCAGAGGAUUAUCAGUUCCGCCUGCCGCCACUUGCGGAGAUAUUUAUAUGUCCUGGACAAACUGUACUUUCCUCACUCGCACUGCGCUACCCUGCAGCACUGCUUCACCACGUUCAGUGACAGUGGAGAGGAGCUCUUGUCUUUAACUUGCUCUCACAUACUCCGAUCCUAUGCUUCCAGUUUGUUUUCGCUGCUGUCUAAAAAACAUAACAAAGUCCUGGAGCAAGCCACACAGUCUCUGCGCGGAUCCCUUGGCUCGGAUGACUCCCCACUUCCUGACUACGCGCAGGACCUCAAUGUGAUAGAAGAAGUAAUCCGAAUGAUGCUGGAAAUCAUUAACUCCUGCCUGACCAAUUCCCUCCACCAUAACCCCAACCUGGUCUACGCCCUGCUGUACAAGCGAGAGCUCUUUGAGCAGUUUCGGAGUCACCCUUCCUUCCAGGACAUUAUGCAGAAUAUAGACAUGGUCAUCUGCUACUUCAGCUCUCGUCUGGAGCAGGCCGGAGCCGAUCUCUCCGUAGAACGGGUCCUGGAAGUCAUCAAACAAGGAGCUGUUGCACUACCCAAAGACAGGCUCAGGAAAUUUCCCGAGCUGAAGUUCAAGUACGUGGAAGAAGAGCAGCCGGAGGAGUUCUUCAUCCCGUACGUCUGGUCCUUAGUGUAUAACUCUGCCGUCGGCCUGUACUGGAACCCGCAGGACAUUCAGCUGUUCACCAUGGACUCCGGCUGAGCGCGUCUGCGGACAGACGGGAGACUUUAUCACAUGGCUCCGCUGCAUGGAGGGAAGCGUAAGACCCUGCACCGCUAUUUCUCAGCCCCCGUUGGCUGUCCUGCCUUUACGGGCUGAGGCCUGUGCUACGGUUGUACGCAAUGUCUGACUUUUCUAUAUCUCUUCCACCUGGGUCACUGACGCAACAACCCACACAGCAGCUUCAAUUUUAAGUGGGUUUUUUUUUUUUGUCUGGUUUUCCUCUUUUUGCUUAUUAUAUUUAAUCCUAUGGUACAAAGAGAUGACUGAUAUUUUUAUUUUCAGAGCGGAGGGAAAGAGCUGUUUUAAAUGAAUCUGUUUAGUUUACGUUUGGUCUAAUAAAGCUGUGGAGAGAACAGCACAUGUGUCGCCGCUACCUCCCAUCUGUUCUAACUCGUUAUCUCCCUCCUGUAUUCCCCUUUGUGGCUUCACUUACUGACACGUAUCCACAGGGCAGUCAGACUGCAGCACACCUGUAGCUACCAUGUACCAGCACACACACACACACACACACACACACACACACACACAGUAUACAGAACGUCCCGAUGUCCGGUCACCAGGAAAUAUCACUGAUUACAUCCCGGCUCCUUCCUUUCCUGUUGUCCGGUGUCUGUGGCACCAUCAUGCAAAUGAGACAGAAUCGGCAGGUAUUCUUGCAGUGUAAAAAGAAAGCUUCUACCGUCCUCCGGGGUGAAUAUAUAAAAGAUAAUGACAGUGUCUACAGCGCACCCCACUCCCACUGCAUGUAGCCAACCGAGGGAAAGUGUCUAUAUAAAUGAGCCCCAAAUAUGGAAUUACUGUUAUCUAAGCCACUAGUAGAUAUUCUGUUUCCUGUCUCUGCUACAUAGCAGUUCUCUGCUUCACAAUGUACUGAAGUGGGUGGGUGAUGAGUGAUCCGUGUAUAUAAUGCAUAUUUAUUUUGGUAAUUGUGAAUACAUUACAUAGCACGGUCUGUUAGGUGACCCUUCUCUGCCUGGGUGACCCGUGGCGCAGUGAGACGCUGUGUAAGCCGCCUGCACUCAUUACACAGCGUGCCGAGUGUCAUCGUCCAGCAUCAUGGUAAGAUGCGCAAAUGUCUGUGACGUGCCCAUGUACAAUAUUCUCUGUACAGGCGAAAACCAAUAAUACAUAUCAUAUAUAAGGUCACCCAGUGCCACAUCCUCCAGUCACUGUGAGGAGACCGGAUAAUUCAAUGAAUAGUGAAAUUGUAUUAAUUCUGCUUCAGAUUAUGUAAAACACUAAGGAGUAGAUUUACUAAAGAUGGAGGUGUUGCUCAUAGCAACCGAUCAGAUUCUAUCUAAUUUUCUCGGAUGCAAUCCUAUAUAAUAAACUGCUCCUCAUCCCUAUGGGGGGAAUUCAAGUGUUUUGCGCGCUGGCGGCUACUAGAUGGUGCCCGAUGGAGCAAUUCAAGUGUUGGCGCGCACAGACAACGGCGCUGACAUUACUGUUAUGAUGAUCUGUCAUUGUGUCGGCAUGGUAACUAGUAGAGAAAUAAUAGCUAGAAUGUCCUUUGUUGCUAUGGGCAACACCUCUUUUCAUUCCCAUCUGUGCGCGCCCUUGCACUGUCUGACUAGAUCUAUUCCCACUAUGACCAUGCAGUACAUGGGUAACCAAAUUGGACUAGCACAACGGAGGAUGUGCGCAUUUAUCGUGUCCUCACUGCUACCUCUGCGUCUCGUCAGAAUGGAGAGUCAUGUUUGCGUUCAUUUCCGCUUUCACUGAGCCCUAUCAUAUGGAUUCUGGGGUGAGCUACUUUGUUACUGAUUGAUGAUGUUAGCCCUGAGCAAGCACAAAUUAUGUUUGAUAGAAUUUAAUGACAAUUAGUGACGUCUGUUUCUGAUUAUUGAUAAAAUUACGAGGAGAUUAAGCGCCUGAAUUUUGAUCACUGCCAUGUGCGUUCAUGUUACACUAUGGGUCAGAUUUACUCUGUAAUAUGUAAUAAAAUGAUCUUUCCAAA